UGGGACAAAGAACCGUCAGGACGGAACUGCUUCGAUUGCAAAACCUCGGCGCAGCCCGGGGAGCGUGCCGGCGGCCCGAACCCAAAGAAGCCCCUUCCACGAGGAGGAGUACAGUGCUGGGAUUCCUGAAACCCGAGACCUAGAAACAGAACCGAAGCGGAAACCAGCGGGAAAACCUUGAACCGCUCCAGACAAUUGCUUCCGGGGAGUUUCGAGGGAGCGAGGGGGAGUCGGGCCGGCCGCAGCGCCCCGCGGAUGGCGCGCUCCUGAGGGUCGCGGCGAGGCGCGGAGCGUGGGGAGCGGAGGCCCGGGCUGUCCCUGCGCUGCAGGCCAUGGCCACCGCGGAGCGGAGAGCCCUCGGCGCGGGCUUCAAGUGGCUGUCUUUGGCAACGCUUGUGCUCAUCUGCGCCGGGCAAGGGGGACGCAGGGAGGAUGGGGGUCCAGCCUGCUACGGGGGAUUUGACCUGUACUUCAUUUUGGACAAAUCUGGAAGUGUGCUGCACCAUUGGAAUGAGAUCUAUUACUUUGUGGAACAGCUGGCUCAUAAAUUCAUCAGCCCACAACUAAGAAUGUCCUUCAUUGUCUUCUCUACUAGAGGAACAACCUUAAUGAAACUAACAGAAGACAGGGAACAGAUUCGUCAAGGCCUAGAAGAACUCCAGAAAGUUCUACCAGGAGGAGACACGUACAUGCAUGAAGGAUUUGAAAGGGCCAGUGAGCAGAUUUACUAUGAAAACAGUCAAGGAUACCGGACAGCAAGUGUCAUCAUUGCUUUGACUGAUGGGGAACUCCAUGAAGAUCUCUUUUUCUAUUCAGAGAGGGAGGCCAACAGAUCCCGAGAUCUCGGUGCCAUCGUUUACUGCGUUGGUGUGAAAGAUUUCAAUGAAACACAGCUGGCCCGGAUUGCGGACAGUAAGGACCACGUGUUCCCCGUGAAUGACGGCUUCCAGGCUCUGCAGGGCAUCAUCCACUCUAUUUUGAAAAAAUCCUGCAUCGAAAUUCUAGCUGCUGAGCCAUCCACCAUAUGUGCAGGAGAGUCAUUUCAAGUUGUCGUGAGAGGAAAUGGCUUCCGACAUGCCCGAAACGUGGACAGAGUCCUCUGCAGCUUCAAGAUCAAUGACUCAGUCACACUCAAUGAGAAGCCCUUUGCUGUGGAAGAUACUUAUUUACUGUGUCCAGCACCUAUCUUAAAAGAAGUUGGCAUGAAAGCAGCGCUCCAGGUCAGCAUGAACGACGGCCUCUCUUUCAUCUCUAGCUCUGUCAUCAUCACCACCACACACUGUUCAGAUGGCUCGAUCCUGGCGAUCGCCCUGCUGAUCCUGUUCCUCCUCCUGGCCCUGGCACUGCUCUGGUGGUUCUGGCCCCUCUGCUGCACCGUGAUCAUCAAGGAAGUCCCUCCACCCCCGGUUGAAGAGAGUGAGGAAGAAGAUGACGACGGUCUGCCUAAGAAAAAGUGGCCCACAGUAGAUGCCUCUUAUUAUGGUGGCCGAGGGGUUGGAGGCAUUAAAAGGAUGGAGGUUCGCUGGGGAGAAAAGGGCUCUACAGAAGAAGGUGCUAAGCUGGAAAAGGCCAAAAAUGCACGGGUGAAAAUGCCUGAGCAGGAGUAUGAAUUCCCUGAGCCUCGAAAUCUCAACAACAAUAUGCGACGGCCCUCCUCCCCCCGGAAGUGGUACUCUCCGAUCAAGGGAAAACUCGAUGCCUUAUGGGUCUUACUAAGGAAAGGAUAUGAUCGUGUAUCUGUGAUGCGGCCACAGCCGGGAGACACGGGGCGCUGCAUCAACUUCACCAGAGUCAAGAACACCCAGCCGGCCAAGUAUCCGCUCAACAACGCCUACCACACCACCUCGCCACCCCCUGCCCCUAUCUACACGCCCCCACCCCCUGCUCCCCACCCUUUCCCAUCCCCCCCUUCCAACCUUCCCCCUCCCCCUCAGGCUCCACCUCCCAACAGGGCACCGCCCCCCUCCCGACCUCCUCCCAGGCCUUCUGUCUAGAGCCCAAAGUUGUGCUCUGGGCCAUCUCAGAAACUUCGGGGAGGAUGCUCCUCUGCUGUUAGAACAAGUCUUUUGAGCUAGAGGGGAUGAGUGGUGAUUAAGCCGGCUGACAUUCACAUACUUUAAAAAUUGGUUGGCAGCACCAAUAUACUGAUAUUGUGAUGAGCGGAAAGGAACAGAAAUUCUUUAAUUGCCUGAAAACAAAUGAUGAGGCAACUACAAUCACAUUGAUAGCCAGCCAUCCGUCACCUCUAGACAGUUCCAGAGAUGGUGAAAUUGCCAAGAUGCUCUCAACAGGAUUAUGUCUCGUGGAGACCGUAAGAAAAUCAUUUCUAUGAGAGUGAAGCACAGAGUCGGGUAAGAAGUGACACUGCUCAGUUUUUAAAUGCUGCCUUCCCUCCUCCACUCCACCUCAUGAAUUGCCCCCGGACCCUUGGCCCAGAAACCGAGGAUUCCUCCCCAAUGUGUACCCCUCGGGAAGGGAGAAACCUUUGCCUACAAUAUGGGAAAAGCUUGGAAACCCCGGGGUGUCAAGAAACUCAACUCAGACAGGUAUUCAAAAGGAUGUUCCUCCGGGAUUUGCAGGUGGAUCAAAGGCUAUGCCUCAUUUUCCUUUCACAUUCUAGCAGUUUCCAAGUGAGGAAGGGAGCAGGUGUUUACCGAUGGGUAAGGUACGUUGCCAAGUUGAUGUGUAAGUGAAAUCAGUCGUGUGCAUUGACAGGAAAGUACUGAUAGGAGCAUCAGACAGUUUCUCAAACCCACCGGCCAUCAGCAGCCAGAAGAGGUGGCUUUGGCAGGACACAGUCCCCUAAAUCAACAGAAAGUGGCAUUGUCAAAGAGCAACGCUGUUAAUGAUUCAUGUUAAAAAUCAAGAUUUGGCUUUGGUUUAAAUCACUUGAGACAUGAAAAAGUGAUUGAUCCUGUUUUCCAGAGACACAUAUGAAUUGACCUUCCCCAAAUAGUGUUAUUAACACCUACCACAUGAUAUCACUGAUUUUUUUUCUUUCUUUCUCAGUAAAGGUGUAUCCCAGAGACAGCUAGGCAGAACUGAGAGACAGUAGUCCUGACAUAAUGAGGAAACUAUGUCCAAGUUUUCUGAUUUGAUUAACUUCAAAAAAGGCAUGUGUGCAGAGAUGCAAAUAUACUUCUCCUAGGUUUUUCAACAUACUUACAAAUAAUAGCAACUGUUAAGCAAGGAGAAAUACACCAGGUGUGCAACAUAAAAAUGCUCUGCCUGAAAUCCCCACCAUGCCUGAGACCGAUCCCAUUCCUCCAAGUCAUUCUGAAUCUAUUUCACCGGAGAGCCCAGUGAUAACUUGCCAAACCAUUGGGCUUUUUCACCCAGGGGUCUAAACAGAGAUCAUUGUCAAAGACUUCCUAUACCAGCCUACUCAAAAUGAUCUCCUUCAGUUUUCCACUGGUGCAAAACUUCCUAUCAUAAAUCCUUCAUAUUUUUAAAUCUUCUCUGAAACAAAGCAGAAUAUAAAAGACAUAUAAGCUUAGUGCUUUGGACUCUGUUCUCCAAAGAUCCCACAAGAAUCCAUCAAGCCAGCCUCACUCUCUCACCUUGCUUGGAACAGAGACAUUAGCACAUGUGGCAUGUAUUCCAUUAACACAAAUUCCUAUGCCCAUGCAGACAUUGCUAAUCAACUCCAGCACAGUUUCCCAAUUACUCAAUGAUUCCUUCAACCAUCCUCUCAAAUCACAAGUCAAAACACCAGCCAUUCAUCAGUCACAACUGAGAGAAGUGAACCCUAGAAAACUAAAAUAAAUAGGGAUUUGUAUGGGGAUGGAAAAGUCCACCAGCAUAAAAGGUACAGUCAGGGGAGACUAAACCUAGGAGAGUGCCCUAGUGGAGGACCGGAGACACUGAAUCUGCAAGACCAACACCAGACUGACACUUCUCCAAGUGCACCUCAGGCCCUCCCCUUCUCACAUGGCUGCCUCUGCCUAAGAACCUCCCAACCUUCUCACGGAGCUAAAAUCAGAGAUGAUUUUCACAAUCUAUGAAAGCAGCAUCCCUCCUGCCCACCCAGCUCUGCUGCAUUGUCUAUUUUUAGACUAUUUAGGCUACUUCUUUAGUAUAGUCCCUCAUGAAGCAGGGGCCAGAAUGUCUCAGCCACCUGCAGUGACAUUGCUGGGCCCCAGAAAACCAUUCCUUAGGAGAAUGGAUCCCCUGGGUUCACACCGCAGAGACAUUGAGCCCACGGCAACUGUUUUGACUGCUGGCAGUACGAAACAGUCCCCUCACACCACUGCCACGUGACUGGCGCGGCUACCCGAAAGCUGAAGCCUGAUGCUGAUAUUGCCGUGCAACAAGAUGGCAGCAUCAGGCAAGAACACACGUUCAGGAUCUCAGCAGCAAUUCGCUCAGAUGCCCUGUGCAGUUUCCAGGAGGUUUUGUGGCAGAAUAUUGAGGAAUUAGAGAACUGCAAAUAUACGGUGAUUUUGAAAAGGAUUAGCAGGGUUUGUCCUUAAAACCAACCCACCACAUCACCUAUAUGCAUUCAGUUAAGAAGGAGAAAUUUCUACCUACUGUAUGCACAAAGUAAAACAGUGUAUUUUCAUAGUAGGCUGUUACAGGCAAAAGAAUUCUUUAACUGGUUUACAAAAAUCCAUCAGUUCUGCGUCAUUCCCUUUAAAGGAAGACAUGAUUGUGAUCAGGAAACUGCAGGAAAUUAUUUUUUUUCAACCCUUGUGUUAUUGUCCUUAUGAAGUCUCUCUCUUUUUUUUUUUAUAAAAACCAAAUUUUUGUUGUAUAUAUUCGUAUUCCAUGUGUUAGAUGGAAGCAUUUCCUAUCCAGUGUGAAUAAAAAGAACAGUUGUAGUAAAUUAUUAUAAAGCCAAUGAUAUUUCAUGGCAGUUAUUCUAUCAAGCUGUGCUUGUUGGUUUUUCCCAUGACUGUGUUGCCUUUAUAAUUGUACAAAUAGUUACUGAAAUGACGAGACCCUUGUUUGCACAGCAUUAAUGAGAACCUUGCUAGGAACUGUGAUCCCCUCUAUUGACAGCCAGCUCACAGUUCUUUCCGGGAGCUUAGUACACACUUCAGUGAGACAUGAGGUCUCUUUUUUACCAAGGUAAACAGAGCUGGUGGAUAAAUCAAUGAAUAAUAUUGGAUAUCUGGUCACAGGUAAUCUCACUAUAAAUUUCAUUAGAAUGAGCAGAGAUAAUUUUGAAUUAUCAUAUAUAAAUUAAAUUGUGAACAACAUCAGAUGGGGGGAAUCCAUCAAGGAACUGGAAAAAAAUCAUAAUCAUGAGAAAAAAAGCAACAGUUUCAGCCCAAUGCCAACUCAGUAAAAAAAAAAAAAAAAACUAAUGUUGUGUAAAACGGGUUGAAUUAUUUUGCAAACUAUAUAAAGAUAUAUGCAAUAAAAAGCCUGUUAAUGCACACCAGGUGGGAAUGGAGUGUUCUAGUCAAUUGCCUUUUCUAGUUAUCUGAGCUCAGCUAUAUUAUCAUACUUGGAUAACCAAUUUAAAAGAAUUAGAAUAUGAUUUUUAAAUGCACUUAACAUUAAACUCUUCUUCUAACUCUUUCUUUUUCUGUUAUAAUUCAGUUAUGGAUCUUCAGCGCCUCUGAGUCAUUGUUAUAAAAAAAAAAAUCAGUUAUCACUGUACGUGCUAUAGGAGACUGGGCUGAACCUGUACAAUGACAAACCCUGGAAGUUGCUUUUAAAAAAAAAAAUAAUAAAUUUCGAAAAUCAA